UCAGUCCAGUGGUUGGUGUCCGUAAGGGAAGUGUUAUAGGGGUGUACCUGCAAAAUUUUAGACCAUUACCAGUCAUUGGAGACAAACCAGGUGAAACUGAUAUCAAUGAUGUACCUAUUGGUGCUUGUGUUACAAUGGGAUCAGCUAGCACUUCAAUGCUUACUUGUACUGGAAGUAACCAACCUAGUUAUGUGAUACAUGCUGAAGCUGAUAUCAAUGAAGUUGACUGUGGUACUCCACCUACUGUUAGUAAUGCAAUGAAAACUCAAUUGGAUGGUGACACACAGUAUGGAGCUAGAGUCCGAUACAACUGCAAUACUGGAUAUAAUAUUAAUGGGAAUGAUAUUAUAUCAUGCCUACUGAAUGGAUCAUGGUCUUUACCAACUCCAUCUUGUUCAUUAGUAAACUGUAGUAAUCCUGGUGAACCAGCUAAUGGAUAUACUAAUGAUAAUGUAUUCACUUAUCAGUCUACAGUACAGUAUCAUUGUAAUGAAGGAUAUCAACUAUCAGGUGACUCAUCUAUUGAAUGUACAGCUAAUAGUAAUUGGAACAAUACAUUACCAAACUGUGCAUUAAUUAAUUGCACUAAUCCUGGUACACCCACCAAUGGAGCAAGGACUGGAGUGAAUUUCUUUUACAAUUCAACAGUUUCUUACAGUUGCAAAACUGGAUACAAUUUAACAGGAGCUGCCUCUAUUACUUGUAAUGCUACUGGCCUGUGGAGUGCACCAGCACCUUCCUGUCCUCCAGUUAAUUGUGGUGAUCCUGGUACACCUGAUGAUGGAAGCAAAAGCAGCAAUGUAUAUACUUAUAACUCAGUUGUCUCCUUCCAGUGUAAUUCUGGAUACUCCUUAUCUGGAUCAGUCUCUCUCAUUUGUCUCUCCAAUGGUUCAUGGAAUGGAUCAGUUCCUUCAUGUUUAGCUGGUUGUUCUGAUCCUGGAGUACCUGAGAAUGGACAACGCCAGAGUGAAACUUUUUCUAUUGAUUCUGCAGUUUCGUUUACUUGUGAUACUGGCUAUACAUUAACUGGCUCAAAUUCUCUCCUUUGUUUAGCUGGAGGCUCAUGGAAUGAUACAGCACCUACCUGUAAUCCAGUUAGUUGUGGUGAUCCUGGUACUCCUACUAAUGGAACUAGAAAUGGAACAGUUUUUACUUUCAAUUCUACAGUAUUGUAUUCAUGUGAUACUGGAUAUACUAUAACAGGAGCUCCCUUUCUCACUUGUCUAUCCAAUGGUUCAUGGAAUGCAUCAGUUCCUUCAUGUGAUAUUGUUAAUUGUGAUGAUCCAGGUGAACCUACUAAUGGGAUGCUUCAAGGAGGAGCUUUUACAUACAAUUCAGUAGUAACUUACAAUUGUUCUGUUGGGUAUAGUUUAACUGGAGCUGUCUCUCUCACUUGUUUAGCUGAUGGUACAUGGAAUGAAUCAGUACCUUCCUGUGAUAUUGUUAAA